AAUUUUAUCACACUAUUAUCUCAAAGGAUUCAAAUCACGAAAAAAUGGUGGCAACCGACAACCAGAGCUCCUUUCUUAACCGGAUCAGCAUCCGGCGAAACCAGGUCGUCUCCAUGGAAGGCGGCCACGACCAGGAGCUCGAAGACCUCGAACACUUCCAGAAACACGUAGCUGACCGCUUCCACGACCUACUAUCUCCUUCCGAAGACCACCCCUCCGAGCCUUUCCUCUCCAUUGCAUGGAUUCGGAACCUUCUAGAUGUUUUCCUCUGCUGUGAGGCCGAGUUCAAGGCUGUCGUCCUCAUGGGCCGCGACCCGACCCAGAUCACCAAGCCUCCGCUCGACCGCUUGGUUCCGGAGUUCCUCGACAGAGUUGUUAAGGCUUUGGAUAUCUGCAAUGCUGUGUCUAGUGGGGUUGAGUCGGUGAGGCAUUUCCAGAAGCUGGCUGAGAUUGCGGUUAAGGCAUUAGAGCAGCGGCCGAUCGGAGAGGGGCAGGUAAGGAGAGCUAGGAAGGCGUUGAAUUCGCUGGUGACGGCGAUGGCGAUUGAGGAUAAAGAAGGGCAGACGAAUAAGGCGACGGAGAGGACGUGGUCGUUUGGGAGGAGGACCGGAGUUUCGGGGCCGAAUAAGGACCGGGCGGCGGGGCACUUCAGGGCUUUGUCUUGGGGGAUGUCGAAGGGGUGGUCGGCGGCGAAGCAGAUUCAGGCUAUGUCGAUGAACCUGGUGGCGCCGAGAGGGAAUGAGACGUCGAGUUUGGUGCAGCCGGUGUAUAUUAUGAGUACUAUAAUGUUGUUUGUAAUGUGGAUAUUGGUGACGGCCGUGCCGUGCCAGGAGCGGACGGGGCUGAUGACGCAUUUUCCGCUGCCGAGGAACUUGGUUUGGGCGCAGUCGCUGAUUGGCUUGCAGGACAAGAUAGCGGAGGAGUGGAAGAAGAAGGAGAAGAAGUGCACGGCGGGGCUGAUGGAGGAGAUGCAGAAGAUGGAGAAGCUGGGGCAGUCUCUGAUCGAGUUUGCGGAUAGUUUUCAGUUCCCCGUAGAGACGGAGAGAAUGGAGGAUGUGGCGGCGCAGGUGGUGGAGCUGGCGGAGAUUUGUAGGAGGAUGGAAGAAGGGUUGGUGCCUCUGCAGCAGCAGAUAAGGGAGCUGUUCCAUAGGGCUGUCAGGAGCAGAAUGGAGGUGCUUGAGGUUUUGGACCAAGGUGGUAAAGGCACUCCACCCAUGAUGUGAAAAUUGGAGUAUAAUUGAUUGAGCGACGUGGUUGGAAUUCUUUUGGUGCUGCACUAUAUGUAGUAGUAUAGUUAUAGAAUUGAAGAAGGGUUUGGUUUUGAGUAGGAUUGACUAUGUAUGUCUAAUAGCUUCAGCUAUUGAUCGAUUAAGAAGAUUGAGCUGAUGCUUUGCAAAAAGUAGUUAUUUGGGGUGUUUAAUUACGAGUACAGAAACUCUAACCGGAAGAGGAAAUGUACAUAAACCAACUAAGUUAGUACUUUCUCU